AUGGCUAAAUUUCCCCUUUCCAGAUCCACAUUGCCCUUUAACCUCUUAAUUCUUAUGCUCCAUCUACUAAGUCCCAUUUCCACUCUCUCGGUUGUAACCCUAACCAGCAAAAAUCCCAACUUCGAUCCCCAAAUUACCCUUCUCGGCGACGCCAAACUCUCCAGCGACGGCUCUCACGUCCAACUCACCAGCUCAUUUCCCUCAAGUUCUGGUUUUCUCGUGUACAAAAACCCCCUCAAAUUUCUGAGCUCCAGUCCUGCCAAAGCGACAUCGUUUUCCACUGAGUUCUCGUUCUCCAUCUCUGGUAAUGGCAACGGUCUUUCUCUUUUAAUGGGUUCUCGUAAUUUUGCAUUAAAAAAUCUGGGUCAAGGUCAGUUUGGGGUCUUGAGUGAGAAAAGUUAUCUGGGUGUUGAAUUUGGCUCUUUAAAGGACAGUAAUGUAGGUGAUCUUAAUGCAAGUCUUGUAGCUGCAAGUGGUAGCAAUGUAUCAUCAUCUAUGCAUUUAGAGACAAAUAGUGGGGUGAAGUUGAAAUCUUGGGUCGAUUAUGAUGUGACUUCGAAAAGAUUAGAGAUUAGGCUAAGUAAAUUGGGUGAUGAGAGGCCAUCCAAUCCAGCUAUUGCAUAUUCAAUUGAUUUAUCAAAAAUGUGGGGAGAUAAUGAGGUUUAUGUGGCUUUACAGUCAUUUAAUGGCCAGUCUUCAGAGACUUGUAGCGUGUACUCGUGGAGGUUUAGGCUAAGAAAGGUGCCUAAAUGGAUGCAUUCAUUGCCAGCUGAUCCACAUGGUUAUGUGGAUAAGCCUAAAGAGGAAUUAAGAGUGCAUAAGAGGAGGUUUUGCCCCUUGUCAAUUCUUGCUGGGAUAAUUUUUGUGACUGGCUGUGGAGCGUUGUUGGCAUUUGCGGUUCUGUUUGCAUGGGCAGUUUUUGUGAAUAGGCACACUGUUUUUCCAACCGAGGGUGACGCAAAGCCAGUGGAUUUCAAGUAUGAGAAGAUCAGUGUAGUUGUGGAAAAAGAUGGGGAAGUUGUGAAGGGUUAA